ACACACAUGUAAUUAGAUAUACAAACACACACACACGCAUUGACACUUUUGAAAUCUACAAGGGAAGUAGAAAACGCGGGGAAUUAUAAAUAACAGUAAUAACACUAAUAAUAAUAUUGCACAAUUACUUACUAGUGAGGUUUGGAUAAUUAUUUCAAUUGUUUUAUUAUUAUUUUUUGUGAAAAAUCUUGAAAAGAUAAUUCUGUUUUAGUGACAACAUCUUUUGUAAAAAAUAAUAAUAACAAUCAUAACAAAUCAGUCAAGAUUGGAAAUAUUACAGCAAUAUAUAUAAAGGCUUUGUGAACUCAGGUAUUGAUUCCUAUAACUUUUUGAGGAUAUACAUAUAUAUAUAUCUUUUCGAAUCGAGUGAUGUGUGUUCAACGAAUGGAAGGUUUUAAUUUGCACAUUUUGAGCACAGUAUAAACUCAGAGUCCACUCACACGCACACACGCACACGCAUACAGACAUUCAAAUGAUAAUGAAGCUGACGAGGAAUUCAUUUUGUGCCGGAUAUUUUGAAAAAGUGACUUUAUCAUCAAGAUUAUGAGGCAUAUUUGGCAUAACAGGAAUAGUAGUAAUAUAAAAAGUUUUCACAUAUCAUUGUCGAAGCUAUCAGAAUGUUUUUUAUUAAAAUUAUGCUGAUAAAAUGUCGUUGGUGUCAUCAUUUUAUCAAUUGGGAAACAACGAUUAUUAUCAGUUAUUUUAAAUGGAUUAUAUGCAUGGAUUUAUUAUUGAUUUUAUUAAAUUUAAACAAAGCUGAUACAAAUCAACAAAUAAUCAAUACUACACAGAAUAAAAAUCACUAUUUUAGUAAUGAUUUAUAUCAUCAUUAUUAUUCUAAUGUGUCUUUCAAUAAUCAAAAAAGAAAUUUAACACGAUUUGAAUUAUUUAAAAUAAUUAAUAAUACAAAUCAAUCAACUAUACGAAUGAAAAUAAAUCCUAUUGAACAGAUUGAAAUGUCACAACCACGAAGAAUUGAACGUCGUAGUCAUGCGGUGAAGUUUCCACCACCUGAAGAAGUAUCCACUCCAGAUUAUACACAUCCUUAUCAAGAUGAGAAAUGUGCUGAAUUUAUACAAUCUACAGAGAUAAAAUAUGUUAAAGAUCCAUCAAUGUUAGGCGGAUUUUUUGGUAUGUCUGGAUUACCGAAACGUUCGGUGGAGUAUAGUUUUCAAACACCUAAUUAUCCAGCUCCUUAUCCAUUGGACAUUGAAUGUAUUAAAGUAAUUGCUGCCCCAACAGAUCAACAUCGUAUUAUUCUGCAUUUCCGUGGAACCUUCGAGCUUGAACCUGAAUCUCACUGUACAACAGACUUUUUAGAAAUACGUGAUGGUGCAUUCGGUUUCACCACUUUGUUGGGAAGAUUUUGUUCAAAACAAGUACCAGAUUUAGGCGCUGGCCUGAUAUCAAGUGGUCAGUAUAUGUGGCUGAGAUUUCGUAGUGAUUCAACGAUUGCACACAGGGGAUUUCAAGCUGUUUAUCGAUUUAUUCAAGCAGGUUCACGAAAGUCAACAGACAGUGUUUCCCAUAUACAAUUCCAGUUAAAUCUACAACCUGGCCAAACCUGGGAUUUAACUCAGCAAUAUAUACUGACAAAAAUUAAAAAAUUACCCUCAGAAUUACAACAUCUCCCACUAGAAUUGGCAUUGGAUAUUCGAUCAACAAAUGGAACUUUUAUAAUGUUACAUAUUGAUCAUGUAAAAGUCCCCCCGGCAGCAGCUUGGAGUUGUAAACCAGAAAAACCCUACACAAAACAACAACUUCAAAAAUGUUUAAUCGGUGAACCUAUUGUAUUUGGUCCAGGGAAAACAGGAGAAAACAGAAUUGAUGGUGGAGAAUCAGGUCUUGACAAGCUGUCUCUACAAGAUCCUGCUUCAAUUGUCGAUGGAAAACAUACAUUCUUUGAAGUAUACAGUGGCAAGACAAUAUCCCAGUUUGUACCACCAUGUCCAAAAGUUACACGAUUCUGUGAUAAAGUUUUAGACACAGUAAAACUGAUCAAUAAUCAUGGACAUGCUCGAGAUCUUGUUAUCUAUCAUCCACGUCUUAUUAUUCGUAUGGUAAUAGCAUCACCACAAAUGAAACCAGACGUGUUAGAAAAUAUUAAAACACGUCGUGAAGCAUCACAACUGCAUGGAAAUUCAAGUAAUACUUCACUACAGAAUACAGUGAAUAUUCGUCAGAAACGUGAGAACACCAUAAAUACGAAUACUAAUGGUACCAGUUAUGUUGGUCAUCCGGAUAAAAUUGAAGAAUAUAUGCCUGAAUUUGAUUUUGUACUAACAAGUUUAAAACGAAAACAAAAAGGCGUCCAAUCGUGUGGCGAAGACUGGGAGUCAUGUGAUUCAGAAGUGUGUAUACCGAAGACAUCUUGGUGUGAUAAAAUCAUCAAUUGUCCACAAUGGCAAGAUGAAGGAGCUCAUUGUAAAGAUGAAGAUUCUGACGCACUUGGUCCAGAUGGUCGACCAUUACAUGAUUCUGGUAAAAGUAGUUAUGAGUUAAGAAAAGAACAAGAACAUCUUGAAGCUGAAACUGAACGUCUCGCAGCACAAACAUUACAUCUUUCGAUAUUGGCUAGUUUAGGCUUAUUACUGCUGAUAGUCACAUCAACGUGUAUCAUUAUGACAUUCCGUCGUCGACGUCGUGAACAAGCUAGACAUAUGACAAAAUUCACUGAAGAAACUGUUCAACCAUCUUUAAAAUUAAAUCAUAGAAGAGUUCAACGAUUAAAUCAUGUUAUGUCGACUGGUGCACUUCUUGAAGCUGAUCCAUAUUUGAAAACACAAAAUAAUACGAAUAAUAACAAUGAUAAUAAUAAUAAACUUAGACCAAUGUUCUCAUUAUCAAAUUCAAGUUUAACACAAGAUAAUCAAUGUUCAACAGACGUUGCAAAACAUGAGCUUAAAAAACCAAUUAAAACAUCUAGUAGUCGUAAUACAACUGUAUGGAAUAGUACAGAUAGUAUGAAUGCACCAUUACUGUGGCAACGUAAACAUGGUGAUGAAGCGAAAUCAUCAACCAAUCAAAUUUCUCAUCAUAAGAAUGACCUUAAGACAUCAUUACAAAAUAGAUUCAGUAAAACAACACCAACAACUAUAUCAGAUAAAUUAGUACAGAAAAAGAAUAUCACGGAUCCUUUAUUAAUAAGCUAUAAUAAUAGUAAUAUUAAUAUUAAUAAUGAUAAUUCUAAUAGAAAGUAUUUAGGCAAAUUGAAAUCAUUUCAAAUUUCAACAGAACACGAAAUCUUUGAGUGUAUUCCAUCUCAAUGUGUUAGCAAUGCAGUCACUUCGAUUACAACUAUUACCACGAGUACAGGUAGCUCUAGUGCUGUCGGUGGUAGAACCGGCAGUCAUGUGAAUCAUCUGCCGAGUAUGAUGAUCAGUCCCCUAAAAGGUACAACUAAUAUUCUACGAUGUAAGCCAAUACAUUCAUCCUCAUCACCAGGUGAAAUGUCGACAGCAGCAGGCAUACAUGUCCCACAUCAAAUUUCUCUGGGUGAACAAGGCGGUGUACAAAAACGACAGCCGUUAGAACAACAACAACAAACACGACGAAUUGGAAAUAAAAUAGGAUCACAAUCUGUUAUGUCAAGUCCAAAAAAUCGUGGAAAUUGGGUAGCCACCAGUACACUGCAUAAAUUCGAUCAAAAUUCCACACUAAGUGGGACAACUAAAGCUGAUCAUGAAGCAAUUCAUCAAAGAUUUUAUAUAGAUCCAUCAAGUCCAAUGAUUAUGCCCCGGAAUAAACUAAUCAAUCGUACUCAAUCAUGGGGUGGAGGAUUACGCUAUGAGCAUACUAAUGUAGAAGACAUUUGUUGUGAUGAUGAUGAUGAAGAUGAUGAUGAUGACGAAGAACAUCAUCGUCGACGUCUUCACUCACCCCGACAGUCAAUUCUACACAUUUUAUCUGAUUCACAUUCGACUGGGCGACAAUAUUUGCAUAGAAUGAUGAAACCUACACUGCCUUCUUCUAUACCAAAGUGUUAUUUAUACUCUGUGAAUAAUAGUCAUGACCAAUUGAAUCGGAUAAAAAGAUCAGCUACCUAUGUGAGUAUGCCUGAUGUGAAUGGACAUCGACAUUUGUCAAGACAUAAACACAAAGAUUAUCAUCAUUGGAUUACUACACAUACUACUACUAAUAAUAAUAAUAACAAUGAUGCAAAGAGUAAUCUCAUCCAUACAACUACAACUAUAACUUCUGGGACUACUGACAGCCUGUCACCUAGUAAUCCUGGAAUAACAAUUGGAUUUAUAGGUAUUGCUGCACAGCCUACACCAUUACGUGGUAGAGAUUUUAAACCACCACAAGCAAAACGUCCACGUAUCAUUAAUGCGUCAAUUCCUUCAGUAUCACAGACUAGGCCUAUUUCACCUUCAUCUUGUUCAACAAUCACCGGCACAACUACUGAUCGUAGUGAUGAUAAUGAUGGUACCAACAGUAUGAACAGUAGUGGUGAAGGUCAUUCACAAAUAUUUUUAAAUCCUGCCUAUCGUCAUCACCAUCUACAUCAACCACAUCCUCAACAUCAUCAUUUGAUGCUUUAUCGAUCCAAUAAUAAUAGUGAUAAUGAUAAUAAUAAUAAUAAUAGUAAUAAUAAUGACAGCGGCGAGAAACCGGCCAACAAACGAAUGAUUACUUCAGUUCAGCAUUCUAAUAAUUUAAUCCCAACUGCUGACGACCUGCAUACGGCUUGUCAUAAGGGAAUUGGUAGUGAUAAUAAUAGCACUAAUAAUAAUAAUAAUAAUGAACAUGAAGAGAGCAGUAAAGAACAUUCAUAUGUUGACUAUGAAAGACGAGGUGCAGGAGGAGAAGAAGGGGAAGAGGACAACGGCGAGGACGACAUGGAGGAGGCUGAAGAGGAGGAAACUCUUUCACAAACAAAUUCGAAUGAUGAAAAUUCCGACUUCAUUCAACCAGAAGAUGAUGAUACAGAUGUAGAUGAUUCAGAGAAAUUUUCACCAGAAAACUCUCCAGUAAAUUCAACAUCUCUAUCAGAAACAGAAACAUCAUCCCCAUCACCAUCCCCAUCCCCAACAUCAUCAACAUCACAAAGACAUUUCGCCACACCAUCCACUUCGUUACUUCACGAUGAAACAAUUAAAGUCACUGUAUAUCCAUAUGAACCGCAUGGAAUACGUUCGGCAACUAGUCGUCAAACAUCUUACAGACCACAAUCAUCACAAAAACCUUCACCACCACUGUCAUCUUCCUCUCCACGACAUCAUUUACAUCAGCAUCAACAUCAUCAUCAUCAUAAACAAUUUGUCAAUUCCUCGAGAAGUAGUCAGUCACAAAUACGUUCAUCAGAUGAACAAACUAUGCCUAAAGUGUCGACUACAGAUGUUAUUUAUGAAUAUGAAGCCUAAAUAUUAGAAUACAAGUGCCUGGCAUAUAUAUAUAUAUUUAUAUUUAUAUAGACCUAUAUUCGUUUAUAUGUAUAUAUAUAUAUAUGCACAAAAGAAAUUUUGCUUUUCAAUGUUCGAUGUAUCUACCAUCACCAUGCAUACCUAUUGAAACAUUCAACUAAACAUUCUGUAUAUGGCGGGCUCAUUUUUCUCUGCCUUAGUUUGCCUUAGUUAUAGGAGAAUAACAUUACUUUUAUUAAUAAUAAUAAUAAUGAUAGUAAUUAUAAUCAUAGCGACAAAUGGUGAUCUCUAAAAUUGCCCUCACUCCAAAGACCUUCAAAAACAGUAUGCAUUAUUGACAAGAUGUAUACGCAAUCAUUUCGGAUAAGUAGCUUCCCUCUUUCUUCUUUUUCUUCUUCUAAAAGCAAUCGCUUUUAUUUUUGUUUGUUUAAUUAGGCAUUUUUCUUAUUGUUGUUGUUGUUGUUCGAAUCCCGUAGGCUAGAAGUAGAGGUGCAAUUGCGCUUUUUAUUAAAGAAAAACACAACCGAAAUACCAUUGAACUAGAUCUAUUUGUCAUUCACAGUAAUUCUCUCCUCUCCACCAACAUACACACCCACACACACACACACUAACGCACUCAUGCUUCCUGACCUUGUUUUAUUUCUAUCCUCCUCCAGUUUCCUUUUAUAUACCCUUCUCUUUGUACACUGAAUGAAACAAAUCGAUAUAAAAGAAGUCAAUAUUCCAUAUUGACCUUGACGCAGACAAUAUAUAUAUAUAUAUAUUUAAACAAAUUAUAUACUCAGCAAUUUUAAACACAAAUCAUUUUUCAAACUAAGAUAAAAUAUUCAAAAAUCCUGGUGAUAACAUUUUGCCCCUUCUUCUUUUUUCUUAAAUAUAGUUGCUAGUAUUUUUAAGAAUAAGAUGAACAGGCUAGGAGAUAUUCAGAACAACAUGUUUGUUUAAAUGCAUUAAAUAGAAGCCGUUGUGACCUUGAAAUCAGCUAGUCGCGCGUUAAUUAAACAAUCGAUUGAUUAAUUAAUUAAUCAUUGUUCUAGGUUAUAUGUAUAUUCAAGAAGACGUGUAUAAAAAGCAUGAAUGUAGACAAAUUAAAGUUACAUAGCUUAGAAUUAAUUGUACAAUAUCCUUGACAAGUUUUGCAUCACUUUUAUUGUUGUUAUUGGCAACGGUGUUGGGAAUGUUUGGUUUUUUUUCUGCAGAUUUUGUUUUUCUCUCUUCUUUCUCUACUUUUUUUCUCUCGCCAUGUGUGUGCGUGUAGAUUUUUCAAAUUCACCGCUUUAUUUCUUUUCCCAGUUUUUGUUUUUAAAUCUGGCUUAAAUGAUUUUACCCACAUUUAACAUUUUAUUUCCCUGCUGUAUACACACAUAGAAUCCUACCAAAUUUUACAUUUUCCCAUAUAUAUAUAUAUAUAUAUAUAUAUAUAUAUAUAUAUAUUAAAAAGAACCUUAGAUGUAAUUACAACAAAAAUAAAGAAUUGGAAGCAUCAAUAGAUGGUGAUAAAGUCGAAGAACAUGAAGAGAUCAUGAAUUUCAGGAACUUUCAUCUUCCUACUAAGUGAAAGGAAGAUUAUAUAUAUACAAAUACAAACAUAUAUAUAUAUAUUUGAU